GGAACACGUCAGUUACACUGGCAGAAGAAUAGUGUACUAGAAUAAUUUCUAAAGUUAUUCUAGUGCACUAUAAGUACUGUAACGUCAGUGCAUGGGCCCUAUCAUAGAGUUUCUCACAAUGGGGAACUUUUCCUCUAGAGUCGCUGUCAUCCAUCCAUCCGCAAACACAUAGCGAAGUUGGCGAAGUGUAGACGUCGUAGACGUCGUAGACGCUCAUGCUUGACCCGAAGCCAGUGCACGCAAAGCGCUUUGGGUGCCCCUAUUUGAAAACUCCCAACUGUAUCAGGGGUGGGUGUGGAAGGGGUGGCACACGUCCUUUCCCUCGCCAUGGACGAUGCUCGACUAGAGCGCAAACGAGCACUCGCACGGGAACGACAGCGUCGUCGACGGGAGACUCACCCGGAGCUCCGGGAGAAAGCAGCGGAGGUUGAGCGACAGCGAAGGCGAGCUAAGGCCGACCUGCUGAAGAAAGCAGCGGAGGCUCGGCUACAGCGAAGACAAGCAAAUCCCCAGCUACGGAAGAAAGUAGCGCAGGCCAAGCGGCAGCGCAGGCCAGCCGAUCCCGAGCUGAGACGCAGGGAAAGCGAAGCAAACCGAAGGGGCAACCCGGAAAUUCGAAAGAAGGAACCCGAAGCUCAACGGAAUCGUCGUAAUGAGAUCGCCGAACUUUGCGAGAAAUCAGCGCAGGCGAAGCUUGCUUGGAUGGCUGCAAACCUGGACUUGUACCGGCGAGAAGUGGAGCGAAACCGCGAGCGCCGAGGAUUGAAAACGCAGGAGUUGAACCGCAGCUCCGCCGCUCUUUCCGUGGAUUUCACCCUGGGUGGAACUGUGGAUGCAGUUCCACCUACAUUCAUGCAACGCAAUGCUGCUAUGUGCCACAAACAGUCUACGUCGUGUGAGAUGGGCCCGUCCAAAUCAACACUGGCUAAGGUACCCAAUUUCAAGGUCUGCAGAAGGAUGCAAACCAAUGAGUUGGAAGGCUUCCACACGUCCUCCUCAACCCCGAAAGUGCCACUGCAAGGCAAAGCAGUGUUUUUAGUGCCGACAAAUUCAAGCGGAUCCAGCUGUGUAGUGCAAGGACGUGCAGAAGUGGGUGAUGCCACGGAAGGUGACUGCCGAAUCAAGAUGGACACCAACACAUUGUGCAACGUAAAGGGAGAAAACCUUCCCACCGGUAAUGUGUAUUUUGUGGUUAGUCCAUACGGCUGCGGCGUUUGCUCACGCAGUUUCAAGGAGGUGGACGCUCUGUUCUCGCACGUUUUGGCAUGUCCGUGGCCGGAGCCCUUUCAGUGCAGCCUGUGUUCACAGCUGUGUGCAAGCUGGGGUGCGGCGAGGGACCACCUCGCUGCUCACAUCAAGAUAGGUGCGGUAAAGUGCCCGCUCUGCAACCACAUGUUUGGCAAGUACUUGAGCAUACGGCGUCACAUUCAGCGCCAGCAUGUGCCCAUCCGGCCGUUUGUGUGCAACUGCUGCGAUGGAACGUUCAUCACGAAGUCGGAAAUUGACCAGCACAGCCGUCAGUGCCGCGCAAGGACGCACGUGGUCGACAAAUACAUGGGCUCAAGUGAGAAAUGCGACUCACAGGUUCGCAGCCGCCUGGCAACUACGGUGUACAGGUGCUCCGUUUGCCCAAGUGCGUUUUUCGACCGUUUGGUGAUAGCAAGGCACAUGCGCGUUCACUUGAACCAGGUACAGCAAAGUCGAGAAGGUGAACCAUGGAUGAUAACGGUCGCUCCUGAUAACGGUGUGCCCGCUAUGGAUGAAAAGGCGAGAGUGGCAGCUCAACUACAAGCGGAGUUCAGGGCUCGCAGAGCUGCUGCAGCACGGCGACGAAGACAACAAGCGGGCCCGGAGUCUAGGGCGCGGGAAGCUGCAGCAAAACGGCAACGCCGGCAAGCGGACGCAGAGGCAGCGAGAGCGCGGGAAGCUGCAGCAGCACGGCGACGCCGGCAAGCGGACCCAGAGGCGGCGAGAACGCGGGAAGCGGCGGCAAAACGGCGGAAGCGUUCUCUACCUGAGGGGCAGAAGAAGCAUCCCUUUGAUUGCGGAAAUCACAGGUCAUACGGUACAAGACCUCUGAAGGUCAAACUUGGAGUCGAGGCAUCUACGCAGUGCUUCAUUAAAAUAGAGGUUGCUCACAAGGCCACAUACCGCCACGCCAUCUCUAAAGCCACACAGGCUGUGUUGAGCACUUCCAGAGUCUCCAGCUCAACACAGUGCGAUGGUCUGGAAUACUGUGAAGAUACUUUUUGAACUUCCGCUGCGAAGUGUAGGUGGAUCCCCACGCAUUUUUGUGCAAUCAUAUGUCAUUGCUGUCACUGCUAGGGAUUACCUGUUAAUAGUUGGUUUGAAGCAUAGAAUAACUUAUUUUUUAUCUGGAAUUUUCUAUUGAGUUAGAUUGCCAAUUUGUUAGAGAUGACUUUUUAUCUCUACCGUUACAGCGAAUAUUGGAUAUAACAGAUGGGCUAAUGUUUCCUGUGCUACUUCGUUUUAACAAGGUUCAAUUGUUCUACAAUCACAACACUUACCACAACUGGAGACUUGGCCCUGUAGGAAAAAAAAAACAAAACGUGAGGGUAUAAAAAUCGCAUAUUGUAAUUUCCACAUUAUUUGCUAGGCACUGAUGCUACCAUAACACUAUGAAUUUACUGGAAUUAAAUUGCAUUCUGAAGGAACCAA